AUGGUCUUUGCACGUGGCGAUGUCUCCGGCCACGACGAUCAGGCGCUCGGUAUGAACCACCUGCAUUCCGGAGAUGAUUGCGGUCGCAAGCUAACAUCCGCACAAGAACACCAUACCUCAGCCAGCGAUAUCACGGUCGUGUCCUGGGACGGAGACAAAGAUCCCGGAAACCCGUACAACUGGUCUCCCAAGCAGAAAUGGACCCUGACGGCCGUCGCGGCGUUCACGACGUUCAUCACCAUGAUGAAUGGCACGAUUAUCACCGUUGCCCAUGAAGCGAUCAACGAGGAAUUCAAUAUCUCCGAUGCCUCGUUCCCGCACUCGUAUUGGCCAGUAACAUCCUGGGCCGUCGGUGGCAGCGUCUCCUCGCUCCUUAUUCUUCCGCUGAUGGAGGACUUUGGCGUCAGAUGGGUCUUCCUCAUCACGUAUGUGGCGUUUCUCUGUUUUAUCAUCCCCCAGGCGCUGGCCCAGAAUUUCGCCACAUUGAUUGUUACUCGAUUUUUUGCUGGCGGCUGUGUCUCGAUUCUCGCAAACACUUCGGCCACGGUCAUCGGGAAUGUUUGGGAGACGGAGAAGGCGCGUAAUAUCCCAGUUAGUCUGUAUAUCGUCACCUACCUCGCCGGAAGCAGUAUCGGACCUGUUAUCGGAGCGCCCAUCUACCACUACCUCUCAUGGAGAUGGAUCGGGUACCUGCAGCUGAUCUGGUGCGGCGCGCUGCUGCCCAUGUAUUACUUCAUGUUUAAGGAGUGCCGCGGUACUGCGAUUCUAGGACAACGGGCAAAGGCGUUGAGGGAGGAUGGAGUUCGGGCAUAUUCGCAACAUGAAAUCGACAGCGAGGGAAAUUCGAUGCUGAUGAUUGUCGUUCGAAGCGCCACGAGACCUAUUAUCCUCUUCUUCACUGAGUCUGUCGUCUUCGUCUCAACACUGUGGUCCGGGUUCACCGUUGGUACCCUGUAUUUGUUUACACAGUCAGUUGAGCAGGUCUUUACAGGACUAUAUGGCUGGACACCCGCACAAGCAGGCUAUGUCCAGGCUGCAAUUGUCAUCGGUGAGAUCCUGGGCUGGGUGGGAACGCUGUUCUCCGGCAAACUAUACUUCACCUCUGCCUCAAGAAAUACAGAAGUCCCCGGCACCCCCAUCCCCGAGGCAAGACUAUAUCUUGCUAUCGUGGGUGGAAUGUUUGGACUCUCGGGUGGAAUGUUCACUUACGCCUGGACGUCCUAUCCAAGUCUCCCCUGGAUCGCACCGGCCGUGGGCCUGGCCAUGGUCGGCGCCGGCGGCGUCAUUGUGGUGACCGGAAUCUCGGACUACGUCGUCGACGCUUACAGCAAGUACGCAGCCUCCGCUGUCGGCAUCAUGGUUGCCGGUGAGAAUACGUUCUCGGGCUUUCUACCCCUGGCGGCCAUGAGUCUGUAUUCGACUCUUGGCUUCAACUGGGCUAGUACCGUGCUGGCAUUUAUCUCGUUCGGGUUAUCUCUGGCGCCGAUUCUCUUUGUGAUAUGGGGCAAAGAGAUCCGAGCUCGGAGCCCGUUCAUGAAAGAAGCCACGAUGGAAAAAAGGACGGAAAGCAUUGACUCAGUCUGA